AUGACGUCCAAAGGCGAACAGACCGAACCGACGGUGCCGAAGGAGACGACGGCUAAGCAAGAGAACCCAGAUACCUCGGAUAAUCCACCAUCCAAGACAGCCGAUGAAAAAGAGAAUCCUAUCCUCGUACAGGUGUUGGCGGCGGUAAAAAGACUCGAGCUUGACCAUGGGAGGCUGAGUCUCCUUCUUGACGCAAUGAACGGGCGUAUCGAGAACAUAUCCUUCAACAAGGAUAUCGUGAAGAUGAUGACAGAGGAGCAAUCACUCGAUAGAGAAUUCCCACCAGAAUCAAUACCUACAUCUGGCGUUGGGGAGGAUGGGCGUCUGAGGUCAGCUGCAGAGGAUACAACGGGUGUGCCCAGAUCACCCACCGCAGUUAAAUCCCCAAAGCGUGGCGGAACAUCUCGCAUAAUUCUCACCACCUAUCCAGGUCAAUCAGGUAUUGACCCUAUCAAGAUGGACUGGGGUAACAUAGAUCCAAAGGCUAGAGGGCCUGUUGUUGUCAGCAGACAGUAUGAUACUGUUCGAAGACGAAAUGAUACCGAACAUAGACCGGAUUUUACCAACACUGAACCCGCAACGAAGAUUGGGCCUUUCCCGCAAUGGGGUGAUAAGAAAAAGAUAGUUGCCAUGGAUCCGUGGGGUCAUCUUGCCCCAUGGCUCUUCGACGAAUUGAGGACGGAUCACCAGUUGGAUAUCCGUCCGACCAUUGCCAUCACUCGAGCGCACAUGAAAUUGCCGGAGCUUGCUGAUAGUGUUCGUUCAGGCAGACUAGUUCCCGACGGGAAGAUUUGCCUCAAUGAGACAGGAGAGUUGGCUGUUACCAAGGUCGCUGUAGAACCAGUCUGGUACCUUCCCGGGGUGGCUGAACGGUUUGGCAUAGACGAGGGCACUUUGCGGCGUGCACUCUUUGAGGUCACCGGCGGAUCGUUCCCAGAGCUCAUUACCCGAGGAGACAUCAAAGUCUUCCUACCGCCAAUUGGAGGGCUGACAGUGUAUAUCUUCGGCGAUCCCGCAAAAAUGUCCGACCCAAAUGUCAAGCUGGCUCUGCGUAUCCAUGACGAAUGUAACGGUAGUGAUGUGUUCGGUUCCGAUAUUUGUACUUGCCGUCCGUACCUCAUUUUUGGGGUCGAAGAAGCUGUGAAGGAAGCUCAGAAGGGUGGCAGUGGUGUGGUCAUAUAUUUCCGAAAGGAAGGACGAGCACUCGGUGAAGUCACGAAAUAUCUGGUCUAUAAUGCCCGUAAACGAGGUUCUGAUCGUAUGUCUUUCAGUUUUUUCAAUUUUUCGAGUAUUACUAACCCUGUUGAAGGUGCAAGCGAGUACUUCAAGAGAACAGAGAAUAUUGCUGGUGUUAAGAUUCUGCAUUGGUUGGGUAUCACCAAGAUUGAUCGAAUGCUCAGCAUGUCCAACAUGAAACACGAUGCAAUUGUUGAACAAGGCAUUCCAAUCAUUGAACGGGUACCCAUUCCAGAUGACUUGAUACCAGAGGAUAGCAGAGUCGAGAUCGAUGCAAAGAUCCAUGCUGGUUACUUCACCAGCGGUAAAGUUAUGAAUUUAGAGGAGCUUUCGAAUGUCCAAGGACGUCAGUGGGAUGAUGUUGAUUCUCGCUGUUCUAACACCCUAUUAGCACUGAUCGAGCAAGCCAACACUUUCGACAGGCUGAAUAUAUCACUCCGGGUGACUCUUGCACUCUCAAAUACUUCCGUCUACGGUCUUAUUUAG